AAAAGUGCUUUCAAACAACAACAACAACAACACACACACACAUGUGUGCUUGUUUGUGUGUGUGUGCAGCGUGUUAAGCGUUAUCAAAUGCUGAUAAUUUGAUAACCAACACCAACACCACCAAAAAAAAAGUAAAAAGUGUGAACAACAGUUAACAGUUUAUAAUUAAAAAGCAAGUGUAACAAGUGCAUUUCAUAGCUAUCUCUAUGUAUGCGUAUGUGUGUGUGUGACAUCAGCAUCCCAAUUAGAAGCACAAACAUACAAACACACACACACAAGUAAAACUGGCUGCAUGAAAAACAUUACCAGCUCAAGCACUUGCAGCACGGGGCUGCUGCAAUUGCAGAACAAUCUCAGCAACAGCGAAUUGGACGUCGCUGUUGUUGGCAAACCAGAAGCAGUCGGACCCGGCACCAUACCAUCCCCGUGGACACCAGUGAAUGCCGGUCCACCGGGUCCACUGGGUUCGGCAGACACAAAUGGCAGCAUGGUGGACAGUAAAAACUUGGAUGUUGGCGAUAUGAGCGAUGACGAAAAGGACUUGUCAUCCGCUGAUGCCGAAGGUGUUUGGAGUCCAGACAUUGAGCAAAGCUUUCAAGAGGCAUUAUCAAUAUAUCCACCAUGUGGACGCAGGAAAAUUAUAUUAUCCGAUGAGGGUAAAAUGUAUGGCCGCAAUGAGCUGAUCGCACGUUACAUUAAAUUGCGCACGGGCAAGACGAGAACCCGCAAACAAGUCUCAUCCCAUAUACAAGUGCUCGCCCGACGAAAACUCCGUGAAAUUCAAGCCAAAAUUAAAGUCGAACCAAAUGGUGUGUCCUUGCAUUUACUCAAUGAGAAAGAGCAAGCGCUGCAGGCGAUGAGCUCCAUGUCCAGUUCACAAAUUGUCUCCGCCCAGGCGGCCAACAAUUUGGCUUUGGCGGCCAGCGCGCUGACGGCGGCCGGCGUGCAUCACUCGAAGCACCACUUGCCGCAUCCUGCCCACCAUCAGCACAGCCACCAUCAUCACCACCACCAUCAUCAUCCGCAUCCGCAUCCGCACCACCAUCAUCAGAUGGGUGUGGCUGCUGCGGCGGCGGCGGCGGCAGCUGCUGCAGCUGCUGCCGUUGCAGUGGGUCAAUCUCCAGCGGCGGUACCUGGUGCUGCUGGUGGUGGUGGUGGUGCUGCUAGUGGUGCUGCCCCCAAUUCAGUUGCAGUGCUGCCGGCAUCGUCAGCGUCAGCGUCGGCCUCACCGCCGCGUCACCAUCUUACUGCCCACCAUUCCCAUCACAAUUUGCCGCACCACCACCGCCACCACAUGCAUCCGCAUCAUCACCACCAUGCGGCGGCUGUUGCAGCGGCUUACCACAUGCAGCAACAACAACAACAGCAGCAGCAGCAGCAGCAACAAGGCUCCAGCGAGGAUGUGGUGACUACUGCGGGUGCUGAGGGCUCAACGGCGGCGCCGCCAUUGCAUCAUCCGCCGUUGUAUCCGGGCCAAUUUUGGCAGCCUGGUCUACAGCCGAGCACAUCGCAAGAUUUCUAUGAUUACAGCAUCAAGCCGUUUGCCCAGCCCCCCUACACACCCGGCAAGCCCUCGACGGCGGUAUCUGGUGAAAUUGAGGCUGGCAUACCGCCCACACAGUUGCCCUGGGAGGGCAGAGCCAUAGCUACGCACAAAUUCCGUUUGCUUGAGUUUACCGCCUUCAUGGAAAUCCAAAGAGAUGAGAUCUAUCACCGACAUCUGUUUGUGCAGUUAGGCGGCAAGCCCUCGUUCUCCGAUCCGCUGCUAGAGACUGUUGACAUACGACAAAUCUUGGAUAAAUUUCCGGAGAAAAACGGCGGCCUCAAAGAUCUCUAUGAGAAGGGACCACAGAAUGCGUUCUACUUGGUUAAAUGUUGGGCGGAUCUCAACACGGAUGUGACGACAGGCAGCGAAACGGGUGAUUUCUAUGGUGUGACCAGCCAAUACGAGAGCAAUGAGAACAUUGAGCUUGUCUGCUCGACAAUCGUUUGCAGCUUUGGCAAACAGGUGGUGGAGAAGGUGGAGAAGGAGUAUUCACGUCUGGAGAACAAUCGCUAUGUCUAUCGCAUACAGCGCUCACCCAUGUGCGAAUAUAUGAUCAAUUUUAUACAAAAGCUGAAGAAUUUACCUGAACGCUAUAUGAUGAACAGUGUGCUCGAGAAUUUCACAAUAUUGCAGGUAAUGCGAGCGCGUGAAACGGAAGAGACACUGCUAUGCAUAGCGUACGUGUUUGAGGUGGCGGCCCAGAAUAGCGGUACUACGCAUCAUAUCUAUCGUCUUAUAAAGGAAUAGCAUGAGCUGCAUGAAGCAGCGCCAAAUCUGUCCGCUAAUGUCCCCACCAAUGCACAAAUCAGCGAAUACACCAACACCAACAACAACAACACCAGCAAUAAC